UAAUAUCAAAUUCAAGUGAAUAUUUAUUAAUCUCUAAAAGAAAAAAACAAAAACUUUUUGAUUAUUUAAUAUUAUUUUUUACUUUAAAGAUAAUGCCUUAAUAGCAAUUGAAUGUGAAUAUUGUCAUCAUCGAUGUGUAAAAAGUGAUUAUAAAACUCAUAGGGAGAAGUGUCUGGAAAAUCCAGCAAAUAUUAAUCGUAAACAACUAUCUGUAAUACCUUCGAGGUCAAAUCAAAAUCGAGGUGCUUCACAAGGUAUUGUUCAUAUUCCGUGUGAAAUUUGUCAACAACUAAUUGAUUUACCGAAUUGGUCAAAUCAUACUCAAAAUUGUCGUGAACGAGAAAAACAACGAUUAGAAAGACGUGCUGAAACGAUGAGUCAACAACCUGUUAUGGAAAAAAUUCCAUGUGAAUAUUGUCAACAAUUAUUUUUAGCUAAACAACUUCAAACACAUGAAAGAAAUUGUGUUAAAAAUCUAGAUAAUAUAGAAACAGCACGUCUUCUUGCUCAACGACGAACUCCAACAUCUGUUGUUCUACCAAAGAAACAACAAAAUAAUCCAAUAUCAUCUAAUGCUCGAUCUCCAAAUAACAAUCGUUUUGCUCACUAUCAACGUAUUGAUAUUGAUCGUACACAUAUAGCAAAUAGAUCAAUUGAUAUUGAAAGAUCUAUAAAUGAUAAUAGCAAAAAUCAAAAUUCUUUACGAACCACAACAAGUGAUGAAAAUCUUUUAAAAUUAAAAAAUUCUCCUCGUCGUGGUAUUAUUAAUGAUAAUGAAUCUAUGCGAUCAAAUGAAUAUCAUUCACAUGAAAAUAUGUUACAAUUAUCUAGAGAAAGACUGUCUAAUGGUACAUCACAACGUGCAAAAUCAUCUGAUAGCAUACGAAACAUACAUGAUAAUCAAGAAUUAAGUAAUAAUGAUAGUGGUUAUCAUACAUUAAAUCAUAAUGAUCGUCGAUAUCAACAUCAAAUUCAUCAUGGAAGUAAAAGAUAUGAAGUGAUAAACAAUUAUCCUGAUCGUCCAGCAGUGAAACAGAAAAAACCGAAUGCGUAA